GCCGAACCAAGCCUGCACGCAGUGGCGUCCUCUCGCAUGAGUCGCGCGAUCGUCUGUUGUUAGUGCUGUAGGAAUCAAGCAAGAAACGACAAGACGUGUUGCCACCGUUGCAGUUACACCUGACACCAUGAGGGAACAUUCGAUAAAGCGAGGCUCCGACGACCUCUUGUCGCAGACGGGCGCAGUGAGCAAUGGCUCAGUAAUGAGUCCGCAGCCAAAUCAUGCGGACAACAACAAUGACGCCAAGAAGGUGAAACUGGACAAAAACAAUGGCAAACCGUCCAAGGUGAUACACAUCCGCAACAUCCCUAACGACGUGACAGAGGCUGAAAUCAUCCACUUGGGGAUACCAUUCGGUCGAGUCACCAAUGUGCUUGUCCUCAAAGGAAAGAAUCAGGCAUUCCUGGAGAUGGCUGACGAGGUCGCAGCGUCCACAAUGGUGAACUACUUCACAUCAUGUGUGGCGCAACUUCGCGGCCGAGCAGUCUAUGUGCAGUUUUCCAACCACAAGGAACUCAAGACCGACCAGACGCAUUCCAACGCGAACGCGUCGGCACAGGCUGCGCUGCAGGCCGCUUCCGCCUUGUCUGGUCAGAACGAGACCCAAGGCGGACCAAACACAGUACUCCGUGUCAUCAUCGAGCACAUGGUCUAUCCAGUUACUCUAGAUGUGCUCUGUCAGAUUUUCACGAGAUUUGGCAAGGUUUUGAAGAUCGUCACUUUCACCAAAAACAAUACGUUCCAAGCUUUGAUUCAGUAUCCAGAUGUAAUCACAGCUCAAGCUGCCAAGCUGUCUUUGGAUGGUCAGAACAUCUACAACUCAUGCUGCACUCUUCGGAUUGAAUACUCGAAGCUAACAAGUUUAAAUGUGAAGUACAACAAUGACAAGAGUCGUGACUACACUAAUCCAAGCUUACCUACUGGAGAUCCUGGCCUUGAUGCAACACUGGCUUUGGGUGGUGAGCUGUUGCCACAGCUACUUCUAGGCGGUGCUGGUGGAGCUCGCCAUCGUGGAAUUGGUCAAGAUUCAGCUACAGCAGCUGCUGCCCGUCUCCCUCCACCAGGUGCUCCAGGUGUCCUGGCUUCACCAUUUGCAGCCAUGCAUGGUCUUGGCUCACCGCUUACCUCGCCGUAUGGCAACUCCGCAGUUGGAGGUCUGGGAGCAGCUGGGAUGCCUCUAGCUGGUUUCCAGAUGGCUGGUGCAGCAGCAACCACUGCUCUUGGUGGCGCUGGAAUUCGCUUGGCUGGCUCACUAAAUACUGGUGGAUGUGUACUGCUUGUCAGCAAUCUGAAUGAAGAGAUGGUCACGCCUGAAGCUCUCUUUACCCUAUUUGGUGUGUAUGGCGACGUACAGCGUGUGAAGAUCUUGUACAAUAAAAAGGAUAGUGCCCUUAUUCAGAUGGCUGAACCACACCAAGCUCACUUGGCCAUGACACACUUGGAUAAAUUGAGAGUAUUUGGGAAGCAGAUACGUGUAAUGCCUUCUAAGCAUCAGACAGUUCAGCUGCCAAAGGAAGGACAACCAGAUGCUGGCCUUACAAAAGAUUUUACAAAUUCAGUUCUGCAUCGUUUUAAGAAACCUGGCUCCAAGAAUUAUCAGAACAUUUAUCCACCAUCACCAACGCUUCAUCUUUCCAACAUUCCCCCAACAGUUUCUGAAGAAGAAAUUAAAGAAGCUUUUACAAAGAAUGGCUUCACUGUGAAAGCAUUUAAAUUUUUCCCAAAGGACCGUAAGAUGGCACUUAUACAGCUUCCUUCAGCUGAUGAUGCUGUUGCAGCUCUCAUUAAAAUGCACAAUUACCAGCUGAGUGAGUCCAAUCAUCUGAGAGUCUCGUUCUCAAAGUCCAACAUAUAAAUACACCCAAAUGUAUUAUCUUCGAAAAUGUGUCUUGCGUGUGAAUUAAGAGGAAAUGCUGAAUUUAGGUGUACGAGCCUGAAUUUAAUGUGUGUGCUUUCAUACUUUGAUGGUACAUUGUAUUUAUCAGGGAAAGACGAUUCGCUAUUUUCAAAACAUUGCAUAGCAAAUGUAAGGAAAUGCAAUGAAGGGACAAUGAAUGUUAAUUGGAAAGUCAGUUUUUAAAACCUUACUGUAGGACAUAUGUUUUACUCAUGUCAAUUGAUCAUUAUUCUGCUACUCAUGAAUUAGAUGCACAGAAUUUAAUUUCUUCCCUUUAUAAAAUUAAAAACCACAAAUUAAUUAUGGAAGGAGUUGAGCACUUGAUAUUAAAGUGACAUAUUUUAAUAGCUGUGGUAUAACUUACAACAUUUCAUUGAUGGAUGUAUAUCAUUUAUGUCCAACCAUUUCCUAUUUUCUUCCUACCCAUCAUUCUUUUGCACUAAUUCUUGUGUUUCACUGUUGCGUUCACAGCGGUCACUUUUUUGCUGUUUGUGUACAAUUAGAGUGAAACAGGGUUGGCUAGUUGAUAUACUUGUAGCCCAGUUAUUAAUAGUAAUACAACAAGGAUAGUGUUUCCUUAUGUGUAUACAUAUAUGUGUAUUGUCCAUUAUAUUCUUGAUACCCCUUUAUAUUACAAAGGUGACGGUUGUACUGAAAUUUGUUUCUGUUCAGCAUCAGAUGUUUAUUGGACAGUGACUCUGACAUCUAUCUUUAUGCAUUUCUUUACUUUUCCAAUGAUGUCUCUGUCAGCAUUGUGUAAUAAGAUAUUACCUGAAAUGGUAAGAGCUUUCCAGCAACAAUACUGGUAAUAAAAAAAAAGCUUAAUUUUGGUUCAUUUGUUGAUUUUUUUUUUUUUUCACUUUUUAUGCAUCGAAGUAAUUUGCUCGUGUAAAAGUAUUUUUCUGUGUCCUUCCUUAUUUUCUGUGUAAUCUAUCCUUCCAGUUUUGUUCUAAGUAUCAUAAGAAGUUGUACAACACAAAGAUUGCUAUGUUAGAGUGUACUGGUUCGGCAUGAUACAUUGUGUCUGGACAAAGUAACAAAUUUCAGUACGUGAUGCUCUAUACUUUCAAGUUUGCUAAGCUGUGCUGUGUAUUGUGUAACACUGUUGGUUUGUGUGGAAGGUGCAUAAUAUUGCUCUGAAAAGACAGAGCAUCUCUUGCAAAUCAUCAUUGUCAAUCAGUUUUAUGUAUGAGUGUGUCUGGGAUUUUUGUGUUAUACCUUUAUAUUUUGCUGAAUGUCAGUUUUAUUUGCAACAGUAAACCACAAAAUAUGAAAGAGAAAGAGAGAGGGAAAGAAAGCAAGUGAAACCUACCUGACCUGUCCUGAGUUAUACACAAUAGCGGUUUACGAUAUGUGUACGGUAUUUUGAUUUAAAGUUUGAAAAUUAUAGAAUGGUUACAAAAUUGUGUUAUGUGAUCAAAUUCAUAACAGUAAGUACAUAUUAUGUUUAAACGACAUAAUGGUGUGCUAAGAAGACAGCAUGUAAAGUCAGUGAAGGGUAUGUAAAUCACCUAGCCUGAUGAAUUGGAGGAAUAAAGCUAAUUUUUUUAACGGAUGCUUAGAGACUAUUAUGUGCUGUAUUGAAAAUACUUCGUGUGCUUGUUUACGUAUGUAUGUGUAAAUUGAAUGCUAAUGCUGAUGGUAUUUUUUUCCUUUAUGCCCAAGUCUUAAGUAACAUUUUGUUAGAUUUAUUAUCUUGGAAGUGUCACAAAUUUCAGUGUCAGUAUUGCUAGUAAAUUUGGGGCAGAUUUCAUAUAUGUUUGGAAACAUUAUUUGUGAGUGUUCAGAGAGCAGUUUUAUAUUUUACAGUAAUUUUAAUGUAUAAAGAAAGAAGUUUUUACAUUUUUUGCACAUACUUUCUUUAACAAAUGUUGCUGCUGUUAAUAUUCUCUCGUGCUCAGUUGUGUUCUUUCACAAGUCUCCCUUAAACUAAUGGAGAUAAAGUAUCAUUCCAAGCAUCUGCAUACAUUUUUCGGAAUACUUCAUGACUGUGUUCUGCAAUUGACUUGCCUGCAGUUAGAACUGCAAAAUAAUUCAGUUGGGAAAUGCUUCAUAAAAAUUUUAAACUUGCUACAAUGUAUGUGGUAUUGUGAUGGGCCAGUUUGUUUAGAAUAGGAUUUGUUAGAUUUCUUAAUUUGCCAUGAACCGUUUGUAAAUGGCAGUCUGUUGUAAUUAGUUUAAAUGUUAGUAGCAUAGGUUUUUAUAUAAGUGGUCUGAGUUAUAUAUAUAUAUAUUCAAGAAUCGAAAGAUGCGUAAAUGUCAUAAGUUGUUCAGGCUUUUUAUCUUCAUUCUCCCCGCGCUCCCCAACCCCGAUAUGUAUAAACUUAGUGAAAAAGAUUUGGGAGUAUUAAGAGUGGAAUGAGAUUUAGUUUUUACAGAGGCUGAAAAAUCGUGUAUUAUAAUGACAUAUAAAGACACUGUAGUAAACCAGGAUCUUUUCAUUUCUGUUGUCUGUUAAUUAGAAACUAUUAACGAUAUUGAAUAUUACCUACCUUAUCGUGUCCUUUCCUCUUCUUCCAUUUCAGUUAAUGAUGGUCAGGCAGAUAUUUUGAAUUGUUAAAUCUUGCAACUAUUGAAGCAUGUGGCAUCAACAAGUCUUAAGAUAAAGUAAAUCGUGAACACAUGCACUCGCAUAAUCUUGUGAUAUUUAUCAUAUGUAAAUCACCUAAAACCUGCUUUCACAAGGUAAUUUUUAAACUUGGUCAGUUCGCACUAACAGCGGAUGUUACUUAAAGUGAGCCAAGUAAAUACUGCCGUUUGCUUUAGUUCUUACUACUUAAAAAAUGUUCAAAUUUUAUAACUUUUUAGCAUUCAAGAAUUGAUGGUGCUUUCUGUAGCCCUGAAUAUAUAAAAAAAAAAAAAAAUUUCCUCAAAUCAUGUAUCUUCAAAAUGAUCAGUGUGUUGAUAUAUUUGAAACAGUAUUGUUAUCAUAGCUUUAAUCUGAGUUACAUGUGUGACAAAGUAAUGAGUAUUAUAUUUAUCAAACAGAAAGGGGUGUUUAAUUAUAGGGUUGGUUGUGCAGACCAAUUCACACACACAUACACACAAUUGAGUCUCUUUUCUAGCAGCAAAAUAUUUUAUAAUGUUCGUAACUAUGACCUAUAGCUAGCUGACAAUCACCCAUUAUGAACACAAAGAUUUUAAAAAAUUCCUACCUACCUAAUGAUUUACAGAAGAGAAUGAAAUCAUAACAGCAUAAGGAAUAAAUGAUCUGCAUUUUGUAAUCUGAUUACCCUGAAAAUUGUCAAGUUUUAAAUGUAAUCCUUGGCUGAGAUGAAAUAGGGGGAGGGGGGGGGGUUGUUGUUUUAAAUGUAUUGCCUGCAAAAUAUCGUACAUUUGUCCGAAUCCCGCGCCCCCUCCCAUACAAUUGUGAUACUUCAUUCUUGAAAGGUCUUUGCCUGAGAAGAAAAUAGACUUUUCUGUCAUAACAUUUAGUUUCAAACUGUUAAUAAGGAUUUGAAGAAUUGGAAUUUCUUAACCCCCAUACAAACAGGGUAAUAGAUCUGAUCUUCAUUUAAUGUUAGAAUAAAUUGGGUUUUUCUUCCAAAGGCUACAUAUUAGAUCAGUGCAGUAAAUUUUUUAUCCCGAAAUAGCUUUACAGAGGGCAGAGCAUUUAUCAUUGUUGAUAUGAAGAAAGAACUAACUUGCCAGCGAAAACCUGACUCUUACUAUAUAAUAUAUAAAAAAUUGUAUAUGUAUAUUAUAUAUAAGCAACAGAACGGUGCCUCGUGUGUAAAAUGGGAUCAAAGUACACAUAGGUUAUUAAACAACUAUUUAAAUACACUUUUCUAUUUAACGUUUUUGCUUCCUAAUUAAACACUGUGUAAACUACAUAUGUCAUGUAUAUUUCCAGUAACUAAAAAGAUUGCUGUUGAAGAUAAGUUCACAGCAACUCCUGAUAAUAUGUCAAUUAACAGGUACUGGUCUGUCCCAAUCACAAUUUUCAAUGAAACUUCUGUCUUUUCUACUUUCGUCAGUUCCUGUAUACUGACAGGUUGCUUGCCUACAUACUGCAACAAUAUUACUAGAUUUCCAGCCUUCCUCUGUUGCAAUAGCUGGAUGUGAAUAUCUGUAUUAAAAUAAAUAUGCUGCCAAGUUGUCAUUUACAUUAAAUUGGUAUCGUGCUGAUGAAAGAUACCUUUUCCUAUGAAUUCAACUAAACCAUUUGGUUGUUACAACAGACUAAAGUAGUUGUGUUAAGAGGUGUUCAGUAUGUGUAACACAAAACUUGCAUUUGCAGAAACUUAUCUUCAUCUCAUAUUAGAAUAGAGUCGUGCUUUACAGCAGCAACUAGACACCUUUAAGUCCAGAUUUUGACACCUUUUAUGUACAAGCUGUUAGCAGUAUGAGAAUUUCCAGUUGAGAGUUUAGAACCAGUACCAUUAAGAGUGUUGUGCUUCUGUCACUGAUGUUAGAGUACAAAAGAGCCUUUUUUGGUCUUCCUUCAAAUGUGAACACUUUGUUUCUGAUAGACGCUAGGGGAAAUUACAUUAACCUGCACUCCUUUCCUUGCAUUCAUCUGGAAUGAAAUGCUGCCCUUCAGCAGAGUCUUCUUGGGCCACAGGUGUAAUUGAAGAAAAAAAAUUGUAGAAAGCUUUGUCAUAUGUAUAAUUUUCGUACAGUUGUUUGUUUCUGGAGUUGACUGGUACGGCAGUCAUGCAAUUUUUUACCUGAGAAUUUAAAAUGUUCUCUUUCUCUUCGGAUAGACACUGAACUAUACUUUGUUCUAACCGUGUUCUUUCAUACUUUCAUCUACAUACUGUAAUUUCAAUAAUACACAACUUAUUGCAGUCUGAGAACUACAGGGUUCUUAUCCAGUUAAAAGGGCAGAGGUUCAAUUAUAUGGAAAAUGGAGGAAGAAAUAUCACUUCUAGAAUUAUAUUUCACUGGUACAAAGUGUAGAUCAUAGGCAAUCUUUUGUAUGUAGGCAGUAGCCACACAUUUUUCUGAAGAUUUAAAGUGUAAAUCUACUUACCGUAACAGUGAAAAUACUGUUUCAUCACCUUAUUGAUGGCUGUUCUGACAAUCACUUGGACAAUUUUUUUAGUGCAUGAGAACACAAUAAUUUAUCCUUGCACUGCUGUUAAAGAUGGGAGUCGUCUUUUCAUAAGCCUGACAAUUUUUAAUUGUUGUGAAACUGUAACUGAAUCUGAUUUGUUUUCCUCAGGGAACUGUAAUCCCCUUUUUAAAACGGUGCAUUUACGGCUAGAGGGUUAAUGUACCUGGUAUUGGGCUUGCGCGAGGUUUUCCUUUGGGUUUGGGUGAUGCAUGGUACCUCUUCCAACUGUAAUGCAUCACAUUAGUGUCUUGGAUUGAAAGAAAAAUCUUUCACAUUUUAGACCAAUAAUGAAUACUGCCUGAAAGUUUGAUUGGUUACUCAGAUAAGCUCGUUUGUUAAAAUGUCAGUCACAUUGAUAUAAGCUUGGGAGUUUUCCCAUCAGUACUUCGAAAUUAAUUUUUCUGUAGCACUAUCAGUGUAUUCAAUUAAUACUUCUCAAGACUCAGUGACAUAUUUAUGAAGAUUUUUUUAUUGCUAAAAAUGAUAGUGAUACAUCAUAUUUCCUAAGAAAUUGAAGAGAUCACAUUCUGUACCUUCCACUUCCAAUAGUUUCGGUGUGUAUAUUGUCAUUUGGAUAAUAAACAUCAUCUAGAUGAUUAGGCCACAUGAGAUUUGUCCUUAAAAAGUGUGCAGUUGGUCUAAUAACCUGAAAGAUUUUUUUACCUUCAGUGGCAAAGGCCCCAAAAGUCCGUGCGUGCAUACGUGUACAUACAUGGCAUAAAACACAUUAUUCUGAAGUGAAGUGAAUGAAAAGUAAGAUUAAUUUGUGUUAUACCAAGCAAUGCAAAUUUAACAUGGGAUCAUCUGUUAUACUGUUCUCCACUGUACACACUUUCGACCUUCCAUCUCUGACAAAAGCAGCCUUGUUUUCUCGUUCAGGUUUGUUGUAUUGAAAUCUUUUUACUAUUUUUCUUUCAUUGUUUGUAGAUAAAGUACUGAUUGUUAUUUGGAGAAUGGUGCAAAAAAUACAUGACAUUAUUUCAGAAAACCUACCAUUAUAAAAUAGUUAUGCAAAGGUGUUGAUUUUGUUGCAUGUGCUGCUUGUCUGUGCUAGAAUUUUUUAAAAGUCACAUUGAAACUAUUUGCUUCUUGCUUGAUUAGGACAUUUCAGUACAUGAAGGUACGUUUAUUUGGUAGAGUGUAAUUUUUCUCUGUCAUUAACUGUGAGUUUUGAAUUGUUUUAGGGACUUAAAAUUUCUACGAUGAAGCACUGAAUUAGUAACUUUAAAGUGGGAGUAUUGUUUAUGGAACAAUUGUAUUCAUGAAAGAUUUUAGUUAUAUUUUAAGAAGCAAAUGGUGACGAGUUCCACUUUUUACGUUAUAAAUUAAGUCCAAAACAUUUUUUUCCUUUUAUGCAAUGUUGUUGAAAGUAGGUAAAUGCUUCUGUAAAAUGUGGGACCCAGUAUGAAACAAAACUUUACAGUGCCUUUUCUUGCUGCUAAAGAAGUUUUUAUAAUGGAUUGCUGUCUUUGCUCAUCUACUUUGAAGAUCAAAUUAAACUUUCUUAAUAUACUCCGAAAAACCUGUUAAACUUGUGUAGUGGUAUUGUUGUCAUAUUAACUACUGAUUUAUGUGGAAGAAAAAUUAAAUGGAAAGUGCUCAGCCAUCAUGGAACAUUACAGAUGCAUACAAUAAUUAAUUUAUAAUAGAUGUGGUUAUGUAGUGCUGGAGGCCUGUUUUUGUAAUUAGUGUAAUUUUAAAGUGAUGGUUUUCAUUUUUGAAAUCAUUUAUACAAAAGCAGCUGAUGGUUUCCCCCAUUUUUAGUUUUAAAUCAGCCUUAGUAACUUUCUUAAUCAUUACUAGAAAAUUCUUUUCUUUUGUUGCCAGUAAUCCAACAAAUUUGUCACAAAUGUUUUUAACUACUUUCUGUUUAAAAAAGAAAAAAGAAAAAAAGUUUCUGUAUCAGAAAGAGCCUUUAUUCCAGUAGUGGUUACUUCAUAACAGACCAAAAUUUUUCUAAAAGAUGAAAGUGAAGGUAGCCAAUGUCACGUGUGUUGCUGUUCUGCACAACAGCAUAACAAUGCAAUCCCUUUGUUGUGUAUCUGGAUUUGGAAAAAGAAUUAAAUUAAUCUAAUUGCAAAAAUACAGAAGAUAAGUAUAUGGAUAGUAAGUCAGUACUGUGUACUGCUUGCAGAAAAAGGAAUUCAUGGCUGAUAUACUUCAACAGUUGAUGUAUUCAGCUGCAGGAUUUAUAGUGAAGAAAGUUGGUAGUGUGUUCUUCUUUUUAAAAAAAAUAUCAUUAGAAUUAUAUUUUUAUGUCAAAUUUUGUAUGCCCUGAAUUGAUAUACAUAAUUUUUUUGUGAAAUACAAGGCAGGUUGAAUUUCUGUGAACUGUUAAGAAUGGUGCAUUUGAUUAAUGGUAUUAGUAUUAUUUCAGAAUAUAAGAUCAUUUUCAAAUGGUGUGUUUACUUUCUUUUGUAAUAAAAUCCAAAAUAAUAAUGUA